GUGAUACAGGUCAUACUCCUCGCAAGUUACACGAUCAUACACGAUACAAAAUCGGGUUGAGAAACGUCAGAGUUUCUCCUGGUUUCGUCUCUGCGGUAGACUGUACCUAUAUCUUUUCCAUUAUUUGGUUGACUUACGGUUGUUUAAGUCUAGGCUAGCUCAGGCUAACCUCUUGGUUGAUGCCGAAUGUUACGAUUUUCGUCUAAAAGGCAAGAAUUAAUUUCCAUAAUAUACAUCGAUAUUGGUUAGUGUCGAAGUUGGUGACUUUCUCGUACAGGGCAAGAAUUAAUGUUCUUCGGUAUAUAUCAGUAUUUAUAACUUCCAUGUUAUCUGCGAAUACCUAGAAGUGUGAAUAGAGUUGAAGAUAAACAAUGUAAUUGAAUUGGAUAACAUAACGUAUCUUCAUAAUAGAGCGUAACAUUUGUAUAAUACCAAAAUGGCUGGUGACAAGGUAGUCGGCAGUUCUUCGUAUAUGCCUGGAGAAAAAGGACAACAAAUUAGUAAUGCAAAUUUAAACUUGGAAGACGAAUUUAUCGAAUCUAUUGAAUAUAUUCCUUGCCCUGAAUUUCAAUUUUCGGCAGUAGCUUGUUGUUUCUGCAAUGGAUAUUAUGGACCAUGUUUUGGUGAACCUGUUUGCCCAACAUGUCAUGCGUUUUUAUUUCCUAAUGAUAUCGGUGUUAUGGAAGUUCCCAUCUUUAGCGAAAAAACAGACGACGAAGAUUCGGGAAACGACGAGCCAACUGAACUUUACUACAACCAUGAAAGAAGAGCAAGUCAGCAACAACAGAAUUCCCCACAGAAUGCAAUUUCAAAUGUAUCACACGUAUCCAAUACCUCUAAUCAUAAUUCUCAUGUAUCUCCACGUAAUCAAUUGCAAAAUGAAAAUAUUUCAGCCAUACAAAAUUAUCAAAAAGUUCAUCAUAUUAUAAAUACAAAUGCUUCUAAAAGUACAUCAGUUUUAUCUCAAAAUAUGAAUCUUUUUCAUGCUGUACAUUCCGGUAAAAUACAAGAGAUAAGCAAUGGAAAUAACGAUGCAUACCAUCAUAAUCAUGAUGAUAAAGCUUCAACUAUGAAUUUUCAAUGUAUGGCAGAAGAAGAGUUACAUAGGACGGUUUCGAAGAAUCAGGAAUUAGAAAAUUACCAACAUUGUCAAUGGAAUUACAAAGUACGCGAUGAUAUAGGAGAAUCAUCAAAAUCGUACAAUUUAUCCGAACGAUUAGAGAUGUUGACAAAUUAUAAACGUAUCGAACACGAACCUAUUAACGAGCCAGGCAUAGUGGAACGGCUACCGCCAGAAGUGUUGUUAGUCGUUUUUUCACAUUUGGACGAUGUUAGUCUUUGGUCUGCUGCAAAUGUUUGCCGUAGAUGGUGCGGUUUAUUAUCAACACAUAUAACACCGCAACAAUGGCAACAAAACGUAAAAUUACGAUGGCCCUUGUACAAACCCAUAGGGUGUGUUAAAAAUUGGUACAAAGUGUAUGACUUUCUGGCAUCAUCUGCACCUUGCAGAACGUGUUUAGCGCAAACAUGUUUACGUUCACGAUCUUUAAAAAUGGAAGAAAAUUCCUGGAGAAGAAACCGAUUACACAGCGAACUUAAAAGCUUUAGGAUAGAUCCUCCUGAAGGCAUUCAAGCAACACCUUUAGAUCAAAUGUGUUGUCAUUGGCAAGCCACAAUAACUGGCCCUGCAGGAAGUCCGUAUGAAGGAGGCUUGUUUUAUCUUUAUUUACAAGUACCAUGUAGUUACCCUCUGUACCCACCAAUAGUAAGAUUUCUUACCAAGAUACUGCAUCCAAAUGUUUCUAGGCAUGGUGAUGUUGGUAUAGACUCGAUCCAUCAUAACUGGUCAUUAGCAUUGACAAUAUCAAAGGUUUUAAUAAGUGUUCAAAGCUUACUUACGGAUCCAUAUUGUCAGGUAUGCAUGGAACCAGAAUUGGGUGAAAUGUAUUUGAACGAUCGUGAAAGAUUCGAUGAAAUUGCGAGGGCAUGGACAUGGCGAUAUGCUAUGCAUGAUGUCGUGACACCAUUGUAAAGAAUUUACUAAUCAAUUAUUUAAUAUAUAUAUACAUGUAUAUCAUUCUAUUAGCUUUUUAAUUAAUAUUUAUCAAAAAUGUUUAGCGACUUCUAAAUCCUUGUAAUAAUAAAUUAAUUCGCUUACAUUAUCAGUAGUUUAUUGACUAAGGUAUACAUAAUUCCAUAUACGAAAAUGAAAUAUGUAAUAAUAUCCUUUACAAUACUCUUGUGAUCUGACUU